UGGGAUUUUCCGUCACUGAACCGCAAGUAACUUAAAAACUGGACAAUUAUUUUUAAAUUUUUAUUUUCAAACGAAGCCCACUCUACAGAUGGCAACGCCGUCAAUCUUUAAUUGCAGGCAAAGUAUGAGCGGCUUUAAUUCUCUCGUCAUCGAUAAUCCUCCCAGAUCCGCUGCCUCCGCCUGAAAUGCCGAAACUUUCUCUUCCACGCUUUAUAACGACGUGCAGAUUCAUGGGUUUUAGACAGCUGCAUUUGGAGGAGUUUACAUGUUUCCUCGAUGGCAUUGCUAUCUUUAAGUAUGGUUGUGACACAUUUGGCAGUGCAGCUGAUCUGAAUUUCACAAGGAACCAUGGGCUCAAACGCAAGAAUAUUCUCAGGAUCAAGAGCAAUAUUACAUGAUAACAUUGAUGAAGAAAUUGGUGAUGUGGAGAAAGAUGUUGAAAGGGCUGUUCGGGAGCAUGGGUUUAUAAAAGUGCGCAACCAGGCUCUGAUUUCUGGAUUGGCAUAUUGUCUUUCCUCAUGCAGUAUGAUACUGCUUAAUAAAAUUGUCCUCUCAGGCUAUAAUUUAAAUGCAGGAAUAUCACUAAUGUUUUACCAGAACCUUGUGAGUGUGGCAAUUGUGCGUCUCCUGACAGUAUUUGGGGUAAUUUCAACUGAACCACUCACUUGGAAGCUUGUCCAAGUCUGGUUUCCAGUUAAUAUCGUCUUUGUUGGGAUGCUUGUAACAGGUAUUUUCAGUCUGAAAUAUAUAAAUGUUGCAAUGGUGACAAUUUUGAAGAAUAUAACAAACAUCAUAACAGCUUUGGGAGAGAUAUAUUUAUUCAACAAGUAUCAGAAUUGCAAAAUAUGGGGUGCUCUCAUUUUGAUGGUUAUCUCUGCAGUUAGUGGAGGGAUUACAGAUCUUUCUUUUCAUGCAGUGGGCUAUGCUUGGCAAAUUUUAAAUUGUUUUUUCACAGCAGCUUAUUCGCUAACAUUACGCAAAGUCAUGGAUGAAGCAAAGCAACAAACAAAAAGUGGAAAUUUGAAUGAAUUUUCCAUGGUCUUACUAAACAAUUCUCUAUCACUACCUUUGGGACUUACACUUAUUAUAGUUUUUGAUGAAUGGGAGUACCUAUAUUCUUCUCCUAUACUUAGAAUACCAAUGUUUUGGGUGGUGGUAACUGCAAGUGGAUUGCUGGGCCUUGCUAUCAGCUUCACAUCAAUGUGGUUUUUGCAUCAAACAGGCCCUACAACAUAUAGUUUGGUUGGAUCAUUGAAUAAGAUUCCUUUAUCAAUUGCUGGGAUCAUGCUAUUCAAAGUUCCCACGAGCCUUCCAAAUCUGUUGAGCAUAUCUUUUGGUCUUUUUGCGGGAAUAUUCUUUGCUAAAGCAAAAAUGUCUUGAUGUAAUGUUGAUUUUACAAUGUUUUGUUUAAAGGACUGGGGAUUUUAAAAGGCCCACUCUUUCCUAGAUCUCAUUGGUGGAAUAUUUAAUCUUUGAAAUUGUUACCCUUUAUAAGCUCAGAAACUUAUUUGCAGUGGAAAUUUUCCUUCCUCUGGACAUCCAGUUUCUGAUGUCAACACACGGCUUCAAAAUACUUCUACAAUCCAGGAGUAAUUGUUGGAAGCUUGCAUUAUUCUUCUGUUGUAGCAAUAAACGGCACAUUGAACAUCAUGUUCUAUUGAGAAAUCCAGUAAUCUGUCUGUUCAACCUUUUAAUCAAUUAUGUCAAGAUGGUUUCAACAGUUGGUUGACAUUUCUUCUGGAUCUGUGUAUGUGAAAUCUGAUUUCAAUAGCGAUUACCAUUUCUUUA